AUGACGCAACGCGAACCCCUGGGCCCGGCCAGCGCCAACAGCGCCGCCUGGUCGGGCCCCUUUGGCUCCCCUGCCAAGCUCUUCCCCUCGCUGGGCGGCGAGGACGAGGCGGGAGAGCCGGCCAUUUCGGCAGAGUCGGUGGCCAAAAACGCAGCCCGUGUGAUAGAGGCACUGGAGGCCGAGAGCCCUCCCGAGCAGUUAGAGGACAGCCAGGGCUCACGCACCGGUGCACGCACGCCAGCGGAGCAGCAGCAGGCAGCCGAGCUGGCGGUCGUGCCUUCAUCUGGUGGCGGGCAGCGUAUUGACACAGUGCUCAUUCGUCGCCUGGCAUCUGAGGUGGCAGCCGAUGCUGAUGUGGUGGCUGCCUGGGAGGAGGCAGAAGCGCUGCGCCAGCAGCUGCGCCUCAAGGACGCCGAGCUGCAGACGGCGCUUGAGGCGCUCGCGGCGGCGCAGGCGUUUGGCGAGAGCCCGCGCUCUGUGCAGCGACACCAGGAGACGGCGGGCCAGCAGCUGGCCCGGUUCCUGAAGGACCAGCUGUCCAUGCGGGAUGGGCAGCUGGUGGCGGCGCAGGAGGAGGCCGCAGAGCUGGGUCGCCAGCUGCAGCAGCGGGAGCGCCAGUUGGCGGCCAGCGAGGAGCAGCUGGGUGCUGCGCAGACCGCGCUGCUGGAGACCCACCACGAGGCAGAGGCGCUGCGGCGCCAGCAGGCGGGCAUGCAGCAGGAGCUGGAGGUGGCCAGAGCCGAGGCCGCGGAGCAGGCCGAGGCCGCCAACUAUGCUCGGCUGGAGGUGGAGGAGGCACGGCGCGAUGCGGCAGCUCAGCUGCAACAGCUGCGCAGCGAGCUGUGUGCGGUGGAGGCGCGGGCCAACCUGACGGCAUAUGGCACACCAGGAGGGAGUUGGCAGGAGCCAGAAGGCAGCAUCAGCCUGCAGCAGCCAGGCACCGCCUACCACAGCGUUGGCGAUGAGGUGGGGGUGGAUGGCCCGGCAGCGGCAGCGGAGCAAGAGGAGGAGGAGGAGGUCGACGAUGUGUUCUCUUCACCUGUGCUGUCCAACCUGCGCGCCUCAUCCAGCCCCGAGCAGCGCUCCCAGCAGCAGCAGCAGCAUGCCGGCUCUUCCUUCCAGUUUGCGACGGCCACGGCCGACAGUGGCAACGGGGCCGCUGCGCCGGCAGACGACGACGGCUCCUCGUCUGGCGGCGAGACGGAGGUGACUGUGUCAGAGGCGGCGGUGGUGGCACGCACCCUGACACGAGCCAGCGUUCUGCAGAAGGACCGAGAGCACUUGCGGGAGCAAGUGCGGGACCUGUCUCAGGAGCUGCGCGACUUGAAGGGGAGGCAGAAGCAGAUGGCGCAGCACCUGCAGGCGGCGCACGCCGAUGGCGGCAUCGCCGGUGGCGGCAGCCGUGCGGGCGGUCGCCCGCAGCAGCCGACGCGGCAGCGCCCGCAGCAGGCACCUGCGGCACAGCGUGCGGCUGCGGCAGCGGAUGGCGGCGACGCUGGGCUGGAGGAGCGGUGCAGGCUGCAGGCGGUAGAGGAGCGGCACCUGCGGUCCGAGGUGGAGAUGCUGAACCGCAAGUGCGACAAGGGCAACGAGAUGCUGCUCAAGGCCAACCACGCCAUGAAGAUCCUGCACUACAAGCUGCAGAAGGAGCGCAAGGCGGUGGGGCGGCUGCAGGAGGAGAUGUGCACGCUGCAGGCGCAGCUGCUGAGCGGCGGCGGCGGCGGCGGCGGCGACCCGCGCCAGCUGGCGGCGCUGCUGCAGGAGCUGCAGUCGGGGCGGACGCGCAUCGAGGUGCUGGUAGAAGAGAAGGCGGCCAUGGCGGCCAAGCUCGAGGCGGUGGCCACUGGCGGGCGCAGCAGCAGCCGCGAGCAGCGCGAGGCGGCCGCUGCGACGCUGGCUGCGCUGCAGCAGCAGCAGGAGGCCACGUCGGCGGCGCUUCGCGAGGAGCUGGCUGCCGAGCGUGGCCGGGCCGCGGCGCUGGCCGAGGAGCGCGGGCUGCUGGAGGGGCGGCUGCAGGAGGCGCUGGGCCGGCUGGGCGCCGCCGAGCAGAUCUCAGGCCACCUGGAGCAGAUGAAUGCGUACCUGCAAGAGGAGCGGCAGCGCUGCCAGGAGCUGGCGUCUGCGCUGGGGCGGGAGCAGCAGGGCUCCGAGUCGCGCGCCGCCGAGGUGGCGCGGCUGUCGGCGCUGGCGCAGCACUCUACGGAGGAGGUGAUGGCGGCGAGGGAGGCGGCGCAGGCGGAGCGCAGCCGUGCCGAGCAGCUGCUGCGGGACAAAGCAGAACUGCAGGGCAAGGUGCUGGCGUUGCAGGAGACGCUGCAGCGGCUGGAGAAGGCGGACGAUGUGCUGCUGCGGCUCACCGAGGACAAGGCCUCCCUGCAGCUGCAGCUGCAUGAGAGCCAGGUGGCGGCCACGCGGGCUCAGUCGGAGGCAGAGGAGCGCGGCAGGCAUGCUGCCGAGGUGGAUGGCACGUGCCAGGAUCUGCGCCGCCAGUUGGAUGCUGCCAUGGCUCAGCACGAUGUGGCCCAUGCUGCGGUGGAGGGAGCCGCCGACCAGAUGCAGCAGCUGACCGACAGCCACGAGGCGCUGGAGCGGGAGCUUGCGGCGGCUGGGGCGCAGCUGGAGGCAGCGCAGGGCGAGCUGGCGCAGCGCGCACAGCAGGCUCCGCAGCUGGAGCAGCGUGUGACAGCGCUCGAGGCGGAGCUGCGGCAGGGCCUGCAGCAGCGAGAUGCUGCUCUGGCGCAGCUGCAGGAGCUGCACCGGGGGCUGGGCGCGGCGCAGCAGGAGGCCGCCGCGCAGCACCAGCUGGCGGCUGAGGGGCGGGAGCGCCUGGCGGCGGCCGCCACGGAGCAUGAGGGCCUGGCCACGCAGCUGGCCGGCCUGCAGGCCGAGAACGACAACCUGAAGGACAAUCUCAAGGCGCUGGAGGCGGAGUGCGAGGCCGUGCGGCGGCUGGGUGCCAAUGUGGACCAGACCAACCAGACGCUGGUGGACAAUAUGUGUGACAUGUCUGGGCUGGUGGAUGCGGUGCAGGCGCUGCAGCAGCGCAACCGCCUGCUGCAGCAGGACCUGGACACCCUGAAGGGCAAGUACACAGACCUGCACCGGGGCCACGAGGCGCAGACCCGCACGCUGCACGCCGCUCAGAAGGAGCUGGCCGCGCAGCACCGGCAGCACUUGGAGCUGCAGGCUGCGCACGCUGAGCUACAGGAGCAGGCAUCCAGGCUGCGGGCUGAGCUGGCGGCGGCGCAGGCGCAGCGGGACCAGGCGGCGCAGCUGCAUAAGGAAGCUGAGCAGGAGUUGGGUGCGCUUGGGGAGCGCCUGGCUCAGGCCGAGGCCAGCCUGGGGGAGAGUCGGCAGGAGGCACAGAAGGCAGUGCAGCAGCAGCAGGAGGCUGCCGCAUCUGCGGCCGAGCUGCUGCAGCAGCUGGGCGAAGCGCAGCGGCAGCUGGCGGCAGGUGCUGAAGAGAAGCGGGAGCGGGGCCAGCAGCAGGAGGCAAUGCAGCAACAGCUGGCAGCUCUGCAAAAGAAACAGUCGGUGGCAGAUGGAAAGCUUGUGCUGGCCCGGCAGCGAGAGGCACAGUUCAAGGAGGCCUCAAAGCAGCUCAAGGUGCUGCAGCAGGAGCUGCUGACGUUUGUGAAAGAUGCCCAGGUACACCGGCAGCGGCGUGAAGAGGCGGAGCACCGGUGCGAGGCCCUGGAGGCUCGGUGCCUUGCCCUGGAGCAGCAGGCACAGCAGCUGGGCGAGCAGCUGGCGACAGAAGAGGGGGAGCGCGAGGUUGUGGCCACCAAGCAGGCUGCGCUGCAGGGGCAGUUGGCUGAGGCGCAGCUCAGCGUGGCGCAGCUGGAGGCGCAGCAGGAGACUUUCCAAUCGGUGCAGCAGCGCCUGAGCGAGCUGGAGACGGAGCAGCACAGCGCGGCCGAGUGGUUUGAUGCCCUCACUGGCGAGCUGACAGACAAGACCGACCAGCUGGCAGCCCUGGAAUUGAAGCUGCAGGCAGCUGAGCAGCAGGCAGCAGAGGCAGCUGUCCAGCUGGCAGAGGCGCAGGAGCAGCUUGCUGGCGUCAGUGAGGCGCGGUCGGUGGCGGAGGCGGCGCAUGCCGAGUCGAGCUGCGGCCUGGAGCAGGUGCAGCGGGAGCUUGCGGAGCGACAGCGCGAGCUGGCCGAGCGCCAGGAGCAGCUGGAGGCGGCUGAGGCGGUGGCUGCCGAGAUCAGCGUGCAGCUGGUGUUGAUGCAGGCAGGCAAGGAGGAGGCAGAGAGCACUCUGGCCGCUGUCCAGCAGCAGGCGCAGCAGGCACAGCAUGAGUGUGCGCACCUGCAGCAGCAGCUGGCAGCCACAGAGGCUGGCGGUGCGGCGGUACAGGCGGAGCAGCAGCAGCGCAUCGACCAGCUGUACCGCGGCCUGUUCGUCAUGGCAGCGGUACACGAGGCGGGCGUACGCGAGCUGCAGGCAGCUGCCGCUUCGGCCAACGACCAGCACUCGGCCACGUUGUCGGCAGCGCAGCAGCAGCACGCAGCUGAGCUUGCAGCAGCUAGGGAGCAGCACGCCGCUGCCCGGGCAGCAGCACAGGAGCAGCACACCGCUGCCAUGGCGGCAGCAGAAGAGCGGCAUGCGGAGGCUGUUGCGGGGGCUGAGGAGCAGCAUAGGCAGCAGGCGGCGGUCCUGGAGGCCGCGGUCGCCGACCUUUCGGCGCAGCUGGAGGCGGCAUCCAGUGCACACCAGGCAGCCUCUGAGCGCUGCUCGGGCCUGGAAGCUGAGCUGGCGGCCCGGGCUGAGCUGGCGGCCUCGCUGGAGCAGCAGCUGGCUCAGGCCCAAGCCGAGCAUGGGGCAGCCGCCACUGCCCUGAGCUGCACGGAGCGGCGCCACCAGCAGGUGGCUGCCGAUGCCGAGAUGCAUGAGCGGCACGCGCAGCAGGUGGAGCAGCAGUGCAGCGUGCUUCGCGAGCAGCUGGCAUUCCUGCACGAGCAGCAGCUGUCAGAUUCCGACGAGUGCGGCUCGCUCAAGGCGGCCCUGGCGGCGGCAACGGGCGAGAGCGCCUCGCUGCACCAGCAGCUGGCCGAGGCGCGGCGGGCGGCUGAGGCCGCCGCCGGCGAGCAGCAGCGCCUGCAGGGUGAGCUGGAGGCGGCCGAGGAGGCGCAGCAGGCCACGCAGCGGCGCGAGGCCGGCCUGAGGCAGCAGCUGGCGGCCAGCGCUGCCGCUGCUGAGGAGGCGCAGCAGGCGGCGGAGCAGUCCCGCGUGGAGCUGGCGUCUGCCGAGUGCCAGGCCGACCGCCUGCGCCAGCAGCUGGAGGUGGAGGAGGAUCGGCGGCGGGAGGUGGAGCGCCAGCUGGACGCCGCUGACGUGGAGCGGGAGCGGCUGCUGGCCAAGGCGCAGGUGCAUGACGUGCUGGAGGGGCUCAGCAGCCGGCUGCAGGCCCAGAUGGAGCUGCUGCAGCGCAUCGAGAGCGCCUCGCCUGCGGCGGCGCUGGCCCCAGAUGGGCAGGUGGACUCGCUGGCGGGUGGGAGUAAGGGGCAGCUGGCAUCCCGCCGGGAGCUGCUGGCACAGGCGCUGGAGAAGCUGCAGGCCCUGAAAACCGAGAACGAGCAGCUGUGGCGCAUGCUUGAGGAUCACCUGUCUGGCAGCAGCAGCCCCGCUGGCGACGGCAGCAGCGGUGCCUGUGCCAGGCCCAACCUGUAUGUCGAACACCUGGAGGCUGAGCGGGAGCAGCUGGCUGCCCAGCUGGCCGCCGCGCAGCAGGAGCACGCCGAUGCUGCAGCACGGCUGGCUUCGCAGCAGGCCGCCAUUGCUAAGCUGCAAGCGGUGGUACAGCGGCUGUCUGCAGCCGGCGGCAAGGGCGGCAGCCCUGGUAUUGGUGCUGGCCUGCCGCUGCUGGGCCCGGCCGCAGAUGAUUGGCCCUGCCCAGCGCUCAGCAUGCCGGCCUCCGAGCAGCAGCACAGCGGCAUGAACGACGGGGUGCCUGCAGGCGGCGGCGAGGGGUGGCAGACGGAGAAGCGGCUGCUCAAGGCCAUCUGCAAGCUGGCGCUGGGUGUGACUAUGGACCACAUGGGAGGCCGCCAGGAGGCUGCCAGCCUGGCGGAUGAGUUGGCGCCGCUGAUGGCGGCGCACGCAGCCACGCUGCGCCUGCUGGGCCUGCACAAGGUCUGGGCCUCACUGCAGCAGCUUGCGGUGACGGGCGGCGCCGCCGCCGCCGCACCCGGCCACUCCUUGCAGCCGCCGACGCAGCAGCAGCAGGGCUCGAGUUUCCCAGCGGCGGUCGCGGGUGACGAGUCCGGCGACGUGUGGGCGCUGCAGCAGCGCCUGCAGCAGUACAAGGCCAAGUGCCGGGGGCUCAAGGCGACUGUGGUUGCCCUGGAGGGGGCCGCCGCACGCUGGCAGUCGCAGGCGGUCGAGGUGGAGCAGGGGCUGGCGCUGCUUCGCUUCAGGCUGGCAGAUUUGCUGUCGGAGGUCAAGUGGGUUCUGGAGGACUACAGCGAAACCGAUGCCGGCGCCACGGCUGCCGCAGGGGAGGGCGGGCUGGGCAGCCGCCAGCUGGCGGCGCUGGUGGAGCAGCUGGGCAAGGGGCUGCGCCGCAUCCUGCGCAAGUACAAGACCUUGGCAGGCCACCUGCACGACUCCCAAGACAGCAGCGGCGGCGACUACCCCCUUCACCAGCAUCACCAGCACCAGCACCAGCAUGAGCCGCAUGCUUACGCGCGCCGCCGCCACCACCAGCCUGCGCCCUGCCACCAGCCGGCUCACAGCGGCGAGGGCCAGGAGGUCAGCAGCAUCGACGAGGGCGGCGGCCGCGGCGGCGGCACCUGCGCCAGCCAGGCCAGCAGCUGGGCCAUCGGCGCGGGCAGGCACAGCGGCGGCAGCGCCGCCGACCCCAGCAGCGCCUAUGGCGGCGCCGCCAGCGAGGCCAUGGCCGAGGCGGGGCGCAAGGCGGCCAGCAUCGCAGCCAAGCUGGACCGCCUGCUGACGCCUCAGUCGCGCGCGGCGGUGCACGGCGGAGGCGGAGUGGGCUGGACCAGCCGGUUUGCCACUGGGGAGGUGGGCGGGGAGGCGCAGGCGGAGGAGGUGGAGGAAGAGCCCGGCCACUAUGGCCGCCCGCACCAGCAGCAGCUGUGGCCUGCGCCAGCUGGCGACCCGGAGGAGGUGCCGCUCCGGCAGCGGUUUGGCAGCGCGCCCCCCUUUUGA